AUUUAAAAAAAAAAAGACAAGAAAAAACAUAUUUAUGAAAAAAAUCAAAAAAAAUUGAUUUUUAACUUUUUUGUUUAAUUUUAAAUUAUCUUUUUUUCUAUAAGAAAAGCGACAACGUGGAUUUUAAUGCUUUUACCGCCCGAACGUGCCCGCGAAUUAGUCUCUCGUGUGUGCUCUAAAGAAGAGCACAUUUUCGUGUAAUACAAUAUUUUACCAAAUAAAAUAAUCACAAAACCAACCAAGCUUAUAAGCAGAAUUUAACAACAACAAAAAAUAAAGGAUACAAGAUUCAUAUAACAAUGAAAGAUGAAUGCAGAUAUAAUUAAUGGAGUUAAAAAAAGGAAAAAUAUAAAUAAUGAAAAAUAAAUAAUAAAAAAAAAUUGGGAAAUAUACAAAAAUCCCUUAAAAGUGUGUGUUUUUUGUGUUAAACUUAAAAAUAAAAAAUAAUUAAAAAAAAAAACUACAAAAAAAAGUUAUAACAAUAAAAAUAAAAAACUAACAGAAAACUAGGAUUACAAUUACACAUAUUUACUUGUGGAAAGGAGGAAAAAAGGAAUCAUACUUCAGCCAAUAACAACAACAUCAACAAAAGAGAGGGAAUCUCUUCUCUCCUCUCUGCAAAAUAAAACAAAAAAAAAAAAAAUAGAAGAAUACUCCAAUCAAUUGCCAAUCCUUGAAGGAAGGAGUCCUGAAAUAAACGUACACCUCACACAAAAACAACCUAUACAACAACAACUCACUCUGACUGAUUGAAAGGACUUCACCUUCUCUUUUUCUCUGUGUAACACAACCGCAUCGCAACAAAUAACCAUCAAUCAAUGCCACCGUCUACAAAGAACUGCAUCAGCAACACAAUUGCAUUUAGAGUAAACAACACCAAAACUAGCAGCAGACUAGCAGCCCAUCAUUUAGCCUUCUCUUCUUCUUGCUGAUAGCACCACAGAGAAACGAUACGAAUUUCUUUCAGUAUUUUUUUCUUUUUUGUUGUGUAUCCUCUGAUUUCAUUGAAGGAUUUUUCUUUCGGUCAGAAUCUACCGAACUAAACAAAAACCCUGAAGAAGAAGAAAUUCCAACACAAUGACUGCCAAUAGGGCGGCAGCCGAUGACGACGAUGGUGGCACUAACAGAGGAUGCAAGUCCAUCAGCCGCAACAACAGGAUCAGUGAUAGUAGUAGAAUAACCAGAAAAGCAGCAACAUUAAUCCCAUCAUCGGCCAUGACAAUACCAAUAACAACAACAGAAAAAGAGGCCGACGAGUCAUCAUCGUCAGCCGAUGACAAAACAAUGGACACUUUAACAAGUUGUAUUAGUUAUAGGUUUAGAAGCAGACACAGAUACUCCUAUUCUGAGGAAGUAUUCGAUUCCAAUAACAACAAUAACAACAACAGCAAUCAAUGUAGACACCUAACUAUUGAGAAACCACCUGAUUACAAGCACCACCGUCGUCACUUUGACCAUCACAACAAUCAUCAGCAACAACAACAAAAACAACAGGAGCAUGAACUGCAACAAAAUGUAGAACAAUCUACAUCAGCUACACCACCGUCGUCGCCAUCAUCGCCAUUGGCAUCCUUAUGCUAUUCUUAUCCCAAUCAAGAGGAACCAGAGGAGCAGAAUCAGGAACAGAAACAGAAACUUCAUGUGAAACAACAGCCCCAAAGGACUUCAACAACAACUGCAACAAAAUCAACACCAACGUUGUCAGUGCUAAAGUCCUACUCGUGGCUAUUUGGCCUCCUUUGGAUGUUGGCCAUUUUGGGGGGCGGACAGGCCGGCUUCGCUUGCCUUAGCAAUCCUUGUGUGUUUGGCGUUUGCAUUGAUGGAUUAAAUAGCUCAUAUUCGUGUUAUUGCAUAGAUGGAUACACAGGGAUACAGUGCCAAACAAAUUGGGAUGAAUGUUGGUCGGGGCCUUGUCAAAAUGGUGGAACAUGUGUUGAUGGAGUAGCGUAUUAUAAUUGUACAUGCGAAGAUGGAUUUUCAGGAGCAAAUUGUCAGGAAAAUGUAGACGAAUGUAUGUCCAAUCCAUGCCAAAAUGGUGGCCUUUGUCGGGACAGAGAUAACGGAUAUGUAUGCACUUGUCAACCAGGAUAUUUGGGUUUACAUUGUGAGAUUGAUGUGGCCGUCUGUGAAACAGGUACGGGCGCCAGAUGUCACAAUGGCGGCGAGUGUAUAGAAGGUCGCGGUCUAGAAUUCACCUGCGAUUGUCCGCCCGGUUGGACGGGACGCAUUUGUCAAGAUGAAAUCAACGAAUGUGAAUCGUCGCCCUGUCAAAACGGUGGUGUUUGUGUCGACAAACUAGCUUCAUAUGUCUGUGCCUGCCCCAUGGGCUAUACCGGAACCAAUUGUGAAGAAGAAAUCCUCAUUUGUGCUGACAGUCCGUGUCAGAAUAACGCACUGUGCCUAAUGGAAGAAGGUAUUCCCACAUGCUAUUGUGUGCCCGAUUAUCAUGGCGAAAAAUGUGAAUUCCAAUAUGACGAAUGUCAAUUGGGACCAAAAUGUAUGAAUGGCGGCGUGUGUAUAGAUGGCGUUGACACCUUUACGUGUUCAUGCCCGCCAAUGCUCACGGGAAUGCUCUGUGAAUGUUUAAUGACUGGCGAAGACUCACUAGACUGCAAUUAUACAGCGCCAGUUACAUCAUCAACUACAACAACUACAACAGAGGAACCCAGUUCCGAAGAGGGUACAACACCCACGCCACCAGUUUUCACAACCGCAAGCGGAACAUCGUCGAGUAGUAGUAGUAGUAGCAGCGGUGAGAGUGGAGAAACCGGAGAAUCACUUACUUCCGAAGGAAGUUCAUCAUCCGAAACCGCAGAAUCUGAUGAAAAUCUAUACACCACUGUUGCCAGAUUCGAUGUGACUGAAAUCACAACGGCCAAAUCACCAAAAGCAUCCAGCAGCAGCAGCAGCAGUGAGGAAUCGGGAGAAAUUCCAAUAACAAUCACAGCACAUCCACCGACAAUAAUUCAUCAUCGGACGACAAUUAAAACGACAGCGACAUUCCCCUACGAAUACACCACCCACAGACCUCCUCCACAGACUCCAAAGUGGCCAACGACUCCAGUUUAUGUAACCGAAAUCCCAGAAACACGUCCCACUUCAUCCCGAUAUUAUCCCCCAGAGGCAACCACUUUCAGCACAAGUCUGCAAACAGAAUACACCGACUAUGACCAAGAGAAUAACGGAUACACUGCAACCACUCGCCGACCAUCGCCGCCGCCCUCUUUUGGAAUAACAACGACAGUUGCACCAUUCUUCACCGAAUACCCGGAGGUCUUUGUUACCACCAAGGUUACCGAAUACACCAAGGAAUAUGGUGGCGGUCGGUUUACGACAUUCAAGCCACCUACACCGUUCUUCCCAUCGUCAACAGCGUCAUAUGACUAUGAAUCUCCAUCAGGAGUGAGUAUUGACAUAGCGACAUCAACGUCUGGCAAAAUAGGUGGCCCUAUUUCACCCCAUCCGACGAUAUCGCCUUAUUGGCCGGCAAGCAGCACCUCGCAGCCAGUAUCGCCAACGUUCAGGCCAACACCGCCACCCUUCAUAGAACAUUCGACUAAAAUUCUUUACACAGAUGACUUGGUCACAUAUCCGACAACAGCGGCUCCGACCACCACCACAGAGUAUAUUCCACCCCCAACGACACAAGCACCGACGCCACCACCUCCACCGCCAACAUCACCACCGCCUCCACCGACAACGACCACUCCGGCACCCACACAGCCCCCACCGCCACCACCACCAACGCUGGCGGUCCUCACUACGGAUUCAUCGAUUUCAUCAUCCUCUUCAUCUUCAUCGUCGUCGUCUUCAUCCGAGGAGAGCUCAGAAUCGGGUGGAGGCAGUGGUGGUGUCGGAACAGGCGGCGGUGGAGCAUCGGGAGGAGUGGACAACUUCACCACAGGCAUUCCAGAUUGCAUCAAAUUGGGUUGCUAUAAUGGAGGUACUUGUGUCACCACUUCGGAGGGCUCCAGGUGUGUUUGCCGUUUUGACCGUCAAGGACCACUCUGCGAGAGUCCAAUUGUCAUUAAGAAUGCUGCAUUCUCUGGUGAUUCUUAUGUAAGUCAUCGCAUCCACAAGGACAUCCCUACCCACGACAGUUUGGAUUCUGUUCUGCCAAUGCAUGUGCAAUUGAAAGUGCGAACGCGUGCAACAAAUGGUCUUAUUAUGUUGGCCGCAGCUCAAGGCACAAAAGGCGGCCAUUAUAUGGCCUUAUUUUUGCAAAAAGGAUUGUUGCAAUUCCAAUUUUCGUGCGGCUUACAAACGAUGCUGUUAAGUGAACUCGAAACACCCGUAAACACUGGCAAUGAAAUCACAAUUAGAGCUGAAUUGGACUUUAGCCGCAAUUUCACACAUUGCAAUGCCUCUUUGCUAGUCAAUGACACAUUGGCCAUGUCCGGCGAUCAACCAACAUGGCUCAAAUUACUGCCACCAAGAAUGCACACACCCGAUGUUAUUCUUAAUACAUGGUUACAUUUGGGUGGAGCACCACAAGCUCCAAUUGGUCUUAUAAUCGAACUGCCACCAGCACAAAGUGGUUCAGGAUUUACAGGAUGUUUACAUUCGCUACGAAUCAAUGGAGCCAGCCGUGAUAUAUUCGGAGACGCUCUUGAUGGUUUCGGAAUCACAGAAUGUGGGUCACUUGCUUGUCUCUCAAGUCCGUGUCGCAAUGGUGCGGCUUGCAUUAAAAUCGAAUCCAAUGAAAUUGACGAGAAUGGCGAAAAAGCCGAAAAAUGGAAAUGCAAAUGUCCCACCGGAUAUAUGGGACCAACGUGUGAGAUAUCUGUCUGUGAAGAUAAUCCAUGUCAGUAUGGUGGCACAUGUGUUCAGUUCCCUGGUAGUGGUUAUCUAUGUUUGUGUCCAUUGGGCAAGCAUGGACAUUAUUGUGAGCACAAAUUUUCAGAUUUGGAAGUUGCUUUGCCAUCAUUCUCUGGCAGUGUCAACGGACUAUCAUCAUUUGUUGCAUACACAGUGCCCAUUCCAUUGGAGUACUCAGUUGAGCUGAGCUUCAAGAUUCUGCCACAAACAAUGUCACAGAUAUCUCUUUUGGCAUUCCUCGGACAAUCUGGCUAUCAUGACGAGAAGAGUGAUCAUUUAGCUGUGAGUUUCAUUCAAGGCUACAUCAUGCUUACCUGGAAUCUUGGCGGAGGACCAAGAAGAAUAUUCACACAGAAACCUAUUGACUUCCGGUUAGAUGCUCCACGAGUUCCAUAUGAGAUUAAAGUUGGUCGUAUUGGACGACAAGCUUGGUUAUCGGUCGAUGGGAAAUUCAACAUCACCGGACGCUCUCCGGGAAGUGUCACACGAAUGGAUGUUGUUCCGAUUUUGUAUUUGGGAGGACAUGAGAUUUCCAACUUUAAUACUCUGCCUCAUGAUUUACCAUUACACUCUGGAUUCCAAGGCUGCAUUUAUGAUGUCAAUUUGAAAGCUGGUCAGGUAACAGUACCUUUGCAGGAGACACGAGGUGUGAGAGGUCGUGGAGUUGGACAAUGUGGCACUAGAGAAUGUCAUCGACAUGCUUGUCAGCAUGAUGGUGCCUGUCUUCAACAUGGAGCCACUUUCACAUGUAUUUGCCAGGAGGGCUGGUAUGGACCCCUAUGCGCACAAGCAUCAAACCCAUGUGAUUCAUUCAAUAACAAAUGUGACGAGGAAUCAACUUGUGUUCCACUCGUCAAUGGCUAUGAAUGUGACUGUCCUGUCGGUAUGACUGGCAAAAAUUGUGAUGAAGAUAUCCACUCACUGAGUGACGUCUCACUCACCGGAAGACGUUCCUACCUGGCCGUCCGAUGGCCAUACCUUGGAGCUGACCGGGAUAAGAUCGGCUCCAAACGAUCACAAAUUGUCAGUUAUCGCAAUUUCACCAAGAAAGUUAUGCCUCCCAAACCUAUUUCAUCGCCUAGUCAGCACUUUGUGAUGAAACUUUUAAAUGAAGUCGAGAAACAACGUAGUUUCUCUCCAGUUCCGCUGAUGGGUUCAAAAUCCUUUGAAGAACACCACCGAGUUCAAUUCUUCUUCAUCGAAUUCCAACUUAGGCCACUCUCGGAGCGUGGUCUUCUCCUAUACUUUGGAACACUCAAUAACAAUCAGGACAAGAAAAUUGGAUUUGUAAGUCUGUCACUUCAAGGAGGUGUUGUAGAAUUCCGAAUAUCUGGUCCCAGUAAUCAUGUGACUGUAGUAAGGAGUGUCAGGAUGUUGGCAAUUGGUGAAUGGCACAAGAUCAAGAUGGCACAAAGAGGUCGAUGGUUGACAUUGUGGGUGGAAGGUAGUGCCUCCUCAGCUCUAGCGCCCUCUGCUGAGGUACUCGUCGAACCAGAUUCACUCCUCUAUUUGGGAGGUCUGAAAGAUCUUUCCAAACUUCCACACAAUGCAAUCUCCGGAUUCCCUAUUCCAUUCCGAGGAUGUGUUAGAGGUUUGGUUGUGAGUGGAACUAGAAUUGUCCUAAACGAAACCAAUAUCCUAGAAUCACGAAACAUAAGAGACUGUGAUGGAACUGCCUGUGGUGGAGACUCUUGCGAAGCCGGUGGUCAUUGUUGGUUGGAUGAAAAACUCCAACCGCAUUGUAUUUGUCCAGAAUAUGCCAAAGGAGAACGAUGCGAAUACUCGGAGACGUGCAAAUUAAUUCCAUGCAAGAACAAUGGAAGGUGUUUGCGCAGCGGACGGUGUAGCUGUCCCAAUGGCUGGGGCGGUUUUUAUUGCGAAAUUGCUAUGAGUAAACCAACAACACCUAGUUUCCGUGGCAAUAGUUAUCUAAUUCUACCGCCACCAAGAAUUCCAAUGAAAGACAAACGAAAGGGACCAUCGAUGUAUAUCCGACCGCGAGAAGCUUUCCAAAUUUCCCUCAAUUUCUCAACAAUAGUUCCCGAUGGAUUAUUGCUGUGGAGUGAACGAGAACGAGGUGCCAAGUUUUUGGGAUUGGGUUUGGAAGAUGGACAUAUGAAAAUUGCAAGUAAUUUACUUGGAAGUAGUAAUGAUACAAUUGAAGCACCAUCGGGUGGAUUUAUGGCGGAUGGUGGAUGGCACAUAGCAAAGAUAAUAUUGGAUCGAAGUAGAUUCGAAUUGGAUGUGGAUGGUGAAGUGAUAUUUAGCGAGAAAUUGUCAUCGACGACAACACAACCAAUGACAUUUAGGCGAGGCAAAGAGCCAUCUAUCACUUAUGAAGAUUCAUUUUAUUUGGGUGGUUUUCCCAAUGGAGAAUCGGUAAGUGAACGCACGAAGGAACGUUUUGACCAACCAUUCAAAGGCUGUCUGCAAGAUAUCCAAUUCGGCCCGGAACCAAAUUCAAUAAUAACCGACUUCUCAUCUUACCAAGGCGAGAAUAUCGGCUCAUGUGACUUACAUGGAGAUGAUCCAGUUGUAUAGAAAAUUAUGUACUUAUAAGAAUAAGGAACAAUUUAUUGAUUAUACCCUUAUUAUUAUUAUUCAUUAACCAAAACAAAACAAAAAAAAAAGUGAAAAAUUUUGAAUUAUCUUAGAAAAUAACAACCAAAAAACCAGAAACAAAAGCAAAAAAUCAUGGAACAAAAUUGAUUUUGUUUUAAACAAACAAACAACAAAUUGAAAAAAUAAAGCGACGAAACGAGCAAAUAAUGUUGGUUUCCGAAAAUAAAUGACAUUCUAAUAUAAGAAUUAAAAAAAAAAAUAAAAAUAAAAAAACAAAUAAAAGAAAAGGAAAUUUUUGUAAAUUUUUUAGAAAUAUUAGAGACUAUUUAAAAAUUAAAAAAAAAAUAUAAAUAAAAAUAAAAAAAUAGAAACAAAAAAAGAAGAUAAAAGAAAUACAAAAAAAAACUGAAUAUAAAAUUGAUAUUGAUAAAAAAAUGAUAAAAUUGAGAUGAGUUUUAAACUUAACAUUUAGAUCCUUUUAAAUUGUAAUCACACCCAAAAAAAAAAAUUUACAUUGAAUUAUUAAAACAAGAAAAGAAAAUUUAAAAAAAAACUAAAAAAAACCAAAGUAAAAUGUUUACAAGUUAAAAGGAAAACUAUAUUGAUUCUUUCCUGAAACCAAAGUUUAAAAACAAAAAAUAAUUAAAAAAAUAAAAACAAAAAUAGUAAUGGAAUUAAAAAUUAGUUCGUUCAGCUACAGUAAACACCUAAAUGAAAAUAUAUAUAGAACUUAUUAUUUAACAAAAAAAAAAAAAACAUUAUAGCCCCUAAUGAAACAAAAAAACCAAAAAAAUAGUUAGUUAUGUUCAGCCAUUUAUGUUAUUUUAUUUAAUUUUAAAACAAAACCAAACAACUGCCCUAUAUAACGUACUGUCCUCUUUAUUGUUGUGUUCUUUUUUGUUUUGUUAUGAAAAAAAUUUCUUUUUGAAAAAUAUGUUUUUAUUUUUAAAAGAAAACAAGAAAAGAAAGAUUCAAACGCUGUAUUUGUUUUAUGUUUUCAUAAGUAUUUACAAAUGUAAGU